AUGAACCGCAGAGAAAGUAAGAUAUGCCGCGCCUGCGAGCCUUGCCGCCGCCGCAAGAUCCGAUGCAGUGGCGAGCGCCCUUGCCAGCAUGCCCGUUGCCAGGCCAAACCCUCCGAAUGCCGGUACCGAGUCAAAGCUCGUAUCAGAGGCUCUCUCAAGGCUGUCCUGAGCCACAGUACUGGUCUUGCGAUAAACAGCCCGGCCCAGACGGUUGAGCUGCCUUCUGACGCCCGGCAGAUUGAGCAUCCCGAACUGGAAGCGGCGGCGGCGGCACCUGCGGCUGCAUCUACGUCUACGCCCGGACCCGGACUCGGACUCGGGCCCGAUGACCCCGUCCACAACAGCAUCACCGCCACACACUCGGCACCUACUGCAACGGACAGCUCACAGCUUUUCUACGGCGCAUCAUCCAACUUUGCCUUCUUGCACCAAGUCCACCGCGGUAUCCUGCACAAUGCCUCCGCUCAGGACCAGCCGCGUAAUCGUGAGGUCCAGGAGGGCGGGCCGUCUCUUGACAUGUUCAUGCAGCGGACGCUGUUUUUCGGCACGCCAUCACGCAUCGAUGCUGAAGUGAUCCGCAUCCGGCCCGCCGCCUCAUUACAGCAUAUACCCCAGGCCCUAGCCAGGGUCUUCCUCGAUCACUUCAAAAAUGUGUGCCUUCCUCGGCUCCCUUUCUUCACAUCAUCUGAGUUGGAAACAUUCUUGUACGAUCUGUAUAUCGAUGAGAAUGGCCCGGACAAAAGUGCUCUGCUGCCGCAGACCAAGGCCGUCUUCUUGGCCGUGCUGGCCCUAGGUGCACUGUGCACUCCACACACCAACGCGGCCGAGAUCCUCAUCAUGCAGGCCAAAUGUCAGGUGGCCAUGUACGACGAUGCGGUGACGCUACAGAUGCUACAAUUCUCGCUCCUCAUGUCCGGAUACCAGCUGGAUAUGGGCCGACCCAACUCUGCCUAUCUCCAUCUAGGCGUGGCAUGCCGGAAGGCGUUUGCGCUUGGCUUGCACAAGGAAUCAGCGUCAACAAUCGACAGCGAAGAGACUCUGGAAAAGCAGCGAGCUACCCUCUGGAGUCUGUACUGCCAUGAAACUUUGACAUCUCUCGUCCUGGGCAGGAAGUCCGCCCUGAAGUUGAGCGACAUCUGUUGCCUCAUGCCCAAGGAUCGGCCACAACUUGUUAGGUUCUGCCGACUCUCCAGCAUUAUCGAGGACGCUGUAGACACGAUAUACCAUCACCGAUCCGAAUCCCUCCUCCAGCUCUAUGAGAAAGCUGAAAGGGUGCAUGCCCGACUGCUUCAAUAUGCAGACGAGUUUGGCAUCGCAUCCGCAGGUACAGGCCACAACAGAAAUAAGUUUGAUGAUCUAGGAUCGCUGAUACUGCAUAACUGGUAUUAUCUUGCCGUCAUGCUUGUGUUCAGGCCAUUCCUAGUCGCUGACUUUGCGUUACGCUCCGCUGGAAGCGUCUCCUAUGACGAAAGGAUGUGGCUGCGACACGCCUGUAGGUGUGCCGUCGACGCAGCGCAAGACUCCAUCACCUUUGCCAGCAACAUGUUCCGGAAACCGGAUCUGGGGAGCACGGACGUAAGAGCCCACGCGGUUCGACUUCAUGGCUUCUUCUUUGACGCAUGCUGUACCGUCCUUCUCUACGAUAUCUUGUCCCACCCUUCCAAGUAUACCUUCAACCUGGACUAUAUCCAGAGUGCGCUUCGUUGCCUUAAUGCUAUGGUCCACGACGAACCCAUAACGGCAACGACGAGUUCAAUCGAGACAAUGCUCAAGGCGGUGGAGAUGUCGAUCUCACAGCAGCACCACACCUAUCACGCGCCGUAUCCGCCGCAGACCCUCCUCGCCAUGCCGGCGGCUUCUGCCAGCCCGAACACUCAGCUCGAACAACGACCACUUCCGCGGGCCGGCAUUGCCCAUUCUGCGCCGAUUUUCGGCACUCAAUGGCUCCCGAUGGGCAAAGAUGAAAUGAUUCUCUUCAGCGACCGCUCUUUGUCGCACCAACCCGGCAGCAGCCAACAAGAGUUGCGGCUGCAUGAGAUACCCGCAGCCGCCUCCGGGACUGGCGAGCUAGAGGCAGUGGCACCCCCGCCCGAUCUCUUCUCCAACCUCAACCUCGACGUGCUUACAACGGACCUGCUCAAUUUCUUCCCUGUCGGUGUCACGACUCCGGAGGGCACGGCAGCGGCCGUCAUGAGCGGGGAAAGACCGGUCCCCUGA